ACGAGAUUCAUUGUAGAUACAACCUUCCAGGCGAGAUUCACGUGGCCAUAAGCCGUCGCUUUAUCACGUUUGCACAUUGUUACCAAUCCUUGUCGAUCGCGCGACCCAAAACUGCAAUUUGCUACCUUAAGCUUUGUAACACAAUCGUAUAUCAGGACAACUCCUCGCGGCUUGAUCGGCUCUGUAUCAGUAUCAACCAUGUCUUCUAUUGCCCGCACCGGCUAUCAGAAUUUCGGCAGUUUUUUCACGGAUAAUGUCGAAGACAUGAUAGCAAUUCCACCUGAAGCUUACACUCCUCCGGAACGCCCCUUCGCGGCGCCGUCGCUGGAGCAAGCAUCCACAAUGGAAUUCGGCGAGCCUUGCCGUCAGCUUUUCAUGGUGGACUUUAAGCGCUGGACUUUCAUCAACCACGGUGCCUUCGGAGCCGUGUGUCGGGCCGCACACGAGGAGGCGAACCAGUGGCGCGAGCACUGCGAGGCCCAGCCGCUGCGCUUCCUAGACAGGGAGCUCUUCCCGCACAUGGUUCGAGUGAUGCGGGAGAUGGCGGACUUCAUUGGGGCGGACCCACGGGAUCUGGUGUUCGUCCCCAACGCCACCACCGGCCUCAAUGUGGCGAUACAGGCCGCAGGUCUGCGGCCUGGAGAUACGGUCUACAUGCUAAACAUAGGGUACGGCAGCGUCAAGAAGAUGGCGCAGGCGGCCUCCGCUGCGGCUGCGGGCCGGGGGGCGGGCUGGGACCCCAGCAGCGGCAGCAGCAGCCGCGCAGCCGGGGGGAGUGGUGCUGGUGGUGCUGGUGCCAGCGGUGGUGGUGAGGCGGCCGGGGGCCUCAAUGUGGUGUACGGCGAGGUGACCUUCCCCAUCAGGCCAUCCUGGACCUGGUGUCCCGCACGCUGCCCCCCGCCACCCGCCUGGCGGUGUUCGACUGCGUCACCAGCAACACCGCGCUGCUGCUGCCGGUGGCGGAGCUAACCCGCCUGUGCAGGAGCAGGGGUGUGCAGGUGCUGCUGGACGGGGCUCACGCGCUGGGGCAGCUGCACCUGGACCUGCGGAGGGGGGUGUUCGGGGGGGAGGCGGGGGAGGGGGCAGGGGAGGAGCCGGCAGCAGGAGGGGAGGCGGCAGCAGGGGGGGAAGCAAUAGCGCAGCGCCCACAACAACAACAACAACAACAACAACAACAACAACAACAACAGCAGCAGCAGCAGCAGCAGGGCCAGCCGCAUGACGACGCCGACACCCAGCCCACCACCACCACCUCCUUCGACCCGCUCUGCAUCCCCGACUACUUCGUGACCAACUGCCACAAGUGGCUGUGCGCGCCCCGCGGCAGUGCGGUGCUGUGGGUGGCGGGUGGGCGGCGGGGGGCGGUGCGGCCACUGGUGGUGAGCCACGGCUCGGGGGCGGGCUUCGCAUCGGACUUCAUUUGGGACGGCUGCCGCGACUAUACCCCCUACCUGGCCACCUCCUCCGCACUCGCGCUGUGGCGGGCGCUGGGGCCGGUGCGGGUGCGGGCAGCCAUGCGGGACCUUCUGGGGCAAGCGGUGGAGCUGCUGGAGGCCAGGUGGCGGCAGGAAGGGGAGGAGCGGCAGGGGGAGCGGCAGGAGGGGAAGCCAGGAGGAGAGGAGCGUCAGGAGGAGGAGGAGGGCGGGCAGCAGCAGGGGGCUGGCAAGCAGGGGGGGCAGCAGGGCGGGCAGCAGCCCCCCCGUUCCCGGCUGCUGGCCCCCGCCCUGGACAUGUGCCCCCCGGGGAUGGCGCUGGUGGAGCUGCCGGAGGGUCUGGCGGAGUGUAAUCCCGCCACCUCCACCGAUGCCAAGUAUGUGCAGGACCUGCUGCACCACCGCCACGCCGUGGAGUGCCCCGUCAAGUGCAUCCAGGGCCGCCUCUACGUGCGCAUCUCCGUACACGUGUACAACACAAUCCAGGACUACGUACGACUGGCGGAUGCAGUGGACUCCAUCCUAGCUGCCGUACGACAACAGCCGAGACAAACAACAACUCAGUAGUGGUGGUGGUGGAGAGCGGUGCAUGCAGACGCGUGUUACUUAUCGUUAGGUGUGCAUACACGGAGUGUGGGGGUUUCAGUGCGUGUUAGGGUUUGCAUGCAGUCUGAUGGGCUCUUGGGUAUGCCGACGGCCCCCUCCGGCCCCUAUCCCUCUGUUUCCGAGGUGCCGGGAGGGUGUGUCGGUAUUGUUAUGCGUUUUUAGUUGCAGGGCUGCUGUCAGACUAUUCAAUGCAGG